AUGACUGCCACACCUCGUAAGGUGUGGGAGUAUCUUUCGGACAUGCACAGCCGCAAUCAAGCGGCCGAUGCCUAUGGACAUGGCAAGCUUGGGUAUGAGUCAGAUGAUCCGGAUAAUGGCGUGGGGGCCCCAAUCGCGGAUUCUGACGAGGACGAAGAACAUCUCAAGCCCCUUGAGCCGGAGUUACCCCGCACGGCCAUCAAACCCCGUAGGCGAUCAAAGAAGCGCCGCCUUUCAGACCAAUUGACCGCAGCCGAGCUCGCAAUGGACUCAUCGACCAGUGAUGAGUCCAUUGCUCCACCAACUGCCACUGCCACCCCGAAGCCGGUGAAGAAUAAAUACAAGCCUGCAGUCACACCAACCCCAGGCUCCAAAGGAGGUAUCGGCCGCCCUCCGACCAAAGGAGGCAGCAUGGCCCGCCGGAGGGGCCGCACAGAAGAGGCCCCAAAGAAGAACGACCCUGAAGCCGUGGCCAUGAGGGCCAUGAUUCAAUCUUCCCAGGAUGCCGCUGCCACGUGGAUGCAAGAGGAGCGGACCCGAUUAGAGCAGGCGCGCAUCGAUCAAAUGCAGGCAGACAUGGUUCAGCGGUGGGAAAUGGACGAGGCCCGAAGGCAAGAUAGUUGUGAUGCGGAUGCGCGGGCGGCGGAGAAGGAGCGGGUACGUCUGGAAGCGUUGAGCACCGCUAAACUCAAUUGGGAAGCGGCCGUUGCAAUUGCAGAGAGCAAAGAACGGGCUCGCGAGGCAGAAAUCAAGGCUGAUCGAGAGGUCGCCUUGGCAAUUACCGCGGCCAACGAGCGUCAACGCAAGGCCGACCGGAAGGCGGAGCGUGAAGAGGCCAAACUUGAGCGUGCGGAGGACGUUUGUCGGUACGAGGCGGGUCAGGCCCUACAGGAGCAAUCCCGCCAGGCCUUUCAAACGGCCAUGCUUGCGGUUAUGGCAAACUUGGGGGCAAAACCAACGUAG